AUGGCUGCCUUCCCCAGCCCCUGCCUCAGGGGGUACCUGCUCACCCUCCUGCUUCUGCAGCUGCACGGGCUGCAUGCAGAUCCCGGACCAGGCGCAGCAGCUCCCUUCGAUGUGGUGGGGCCGCCGGAGCCCAUCCUGGCGCUGGUGGGCAUGGACGCGGAGCUACCCUGCCACCUGCCUGCGAACCUGAGCGCCGCGCCCCUGGAGAUGCGGUGGCUGCGGGAGCCGGAGGCCCUGGCCCUGCUGGUGCACCGUGCUGGGAACACGCAGGACGCCGAGCAGCUGGCCCAAUACCGGGGCCGAGUGGUGCUGGUGCUGGAUGGCCUGGCCCAGGGCCGCGUGGCGCUCCGGAUCCGGGGGGUCCAGGCCUCGGACGACGGCGAGUACCGCUGCUCCUUCCGGCGGGAGGACGGCCCAGGCCAGGGAGAGGCCCGCGUGCGCCUGCGGGUGGCCGCGCUGGGCUCUGACCCUCACAUCCAUGUGGACAUUCAAGACAACGGGGAGACCCGGCUGGAGUGCACCUCGGUGGGGUGGUACCCGGAGCCCCAGGUGCAAUGGAGGACACCCACGGGAGAGACGUUCUCUUCCACAUCAGAGUCCAGGCAUCCUGACGGAGAAGGCCUGUUCACCGUAGCGGCCUCUGUGGCCAUCAGGGACCCCGCCGUGAACAACGUGUCCUGCUGCAUCCAGAACGUCCUCCUUGGCCAGGAGAAGGAAGCAGACAUUUCCAUACCAGCUCCUUUCUUCCCAAGGCUGAUUCCCUGGGUGGUGGCUGUGGCUGUCACCUCAGUGGUCCUAGGAGUUCUCACCAUCGGGUUCAUGUUUUUCACCUGGAGACUAUACAAGGAGAGGUCCAGACGGAGGAAGGGUGAAUUCAGCUCUACAGAGAAACUCCUGAAGGAGCUCAAGUGGAAGAAGGCUGCACUACAUGCAGUUGAUGUGACUCUGGACCCAGACACCGCCCACCCUCACCUCUUUCUGCAUGAGGAUUCCAAGUCUGUGCGGCUGGAAGAUGCACGUCAGAAACUGCCCGAGAAACCCGAGCGCUUUGACUCCUGGCCUUGUGUGCUGGGGCGGGAGGCCUUCACUUCCGGGAGGCAUUACUGGGAGGUGGAGGUGGGGGAUAGGACCGACUGGGCCAUCGGGGUGUGCAGAGAGGAUGUGAUGAAGAAAGGAUUUGACCCCAUGACUCCCAAGAAUGGGUUCUGGGCUGUGGAGCUGUAUGGAAAUGGGUACUGGGCCCUCACCCCGCUCCGGACCCCUCUCCCCCUGGCGGGACCUCCCCGUCGGGUGGGGAUCUUCCUGGACUAUGAUUCAGGAGAUGUGGCCUUCUACAACAUGAUGGACGGGUCCCACAUCUACACUUUCUCCAAGGCCUCUUUCUCUGGCCCCCUCCGGCCCUUCUUCUGCCUCUGGUCCUCUGGCAAAAAGCCCCUGACGAUCUGCCCAGUCACGGGUGGGCUGGAGGAAGUCACGGUGGAGGCUGAGGCCAAGGACCCUGCCAAGGAGAUCCCACUGUCCCCCUUAGGGGAGGACACUGCCUCUGGGGACACAGACACACUUCAUUCCAAACUCAUCUCUACCCAGGCCAACCAGGGGACACCUUAA